AAUGUAUAUCAACCUCACAUAAAAUAAUUAGUCUUGGUGGACUCAUACCUCACUUGUCCCAACAGAAACUUAAAAUUAAGUCUUUAAUUUAGUCAAUGGAUAAUCUAGUUUCUAGAAUAAGGCAACAUUACUUACAACUUAUUUGAGUUUGGAGGCAGUCAAUAGAAUAGGUCCAGCAAAAAAGUUAGCCAUUUAUUUCAAAGCUGGUAUUGUUGGUGCAGUGUUUUUAGGAACAAGGUAAUUCAAUAAAAUAAAUUUUAUCAAUAGAUUUGCAUCUGGAAGUUAUUAUGCUAAAAGCAUUAAACCAGAAAUAGGUAAAUUACUUGAUGGGGCUCCUAUUUGGGAAAAUAAGUUUGAUGUGCCAGAAUUAGAUAAAAAAUUCUUUUUCAUUGAUGAUGACAAUAAUUUUGAACCAUCUUUAUGGCAUCAUGGCAUGUAUUCAUGAUUGAAUUUAUUUAGUAAUCAAAUUGACAAGCCUAAAUAGUUUUACAAAUUUGAAUGAGC